AUGCCACUCCCAUCCCACCGCCGCCAAGACUCAAACACAACCUACACGCGCGCCUCAAUCCUGCCAGGAACAGGCCAAUACAACACAACAGCCACCCACACCAUCAACACAAACCCAAACACCACCUACAACUCAGGCUAUACGCCAGGCUAUAACACUGGCGCCUCAACACCCUCAAUGUCCGCCGCCAAAACGCGGCAGUACGCACACCUCCAUUCGCAGCUCGCGCAGCUCAACGCCAAUCUCGCGGAUACGGAGAACUUGCUCCGCAUGACUGCUGUGCAGGCGGGAGAUAUGCGGUUCCUGGGUGGGUAUGUUGGGGCGCUGUUUAUGGGUUCUGCUAAGGUUCUGGGGGAGGAGGGGGUUAAGGGGAAUGCGGAUAGGAAGGAGGGGGUAAAGAAGGAGGAUAGUGAGGAGGAUUGA